CCGCGCUUCUUCCACAUGUGGCACACAACCACAAGUCCGAUCAAUUCACCUUAAUUCUCUCUCAAGUACGUAAUUUUUUCUUCGCAUUUUCUACUCCAAUCAAACCAUAAUUUGCAAAUUUAAUUAUUUCAGCCCCAAAAUUUCGAAUUUUCCCCUUUUCUGUUUUAUGAUUUGCUUGGCAUUUCAAAAUCCCAAUUCUUUGAUUCUUAAUCAUCGUCAUUUUCAACGAAAACCCAGAUUAAAAAUCGAUACUACCUUGAUUAUCUCAUUAAAAUUUGAAUCGCCGUUGUUAAGAAGAAGAAGAGAUUCAAUGGUGAAAAAGGGUAAAGAUUCAGCCACCAUAAUUCUGACAUCAGGCGCGAGCGGUAGAAUCGAUGCAUUAUUCUCUCCGCGGGCGUUGAGGAGCCUUUGGGUUCUUCUCAACACGUUUUUUCGGAUACUGUUGUUGCCAUUCCGACGAAGGCGGCGGUGCAUGACGGCGGAGAAAAGCGGCAGCGUUCGUGGUGGUGAGAGGGAGGAGAAAUCGUCGAGAUUGGUGAGAGUACCUGUGGCUAUGGUGCAGUGGCAGAGGACGGUGGACAAGGAAGUGGCGGCAAGGCGGGCGCUGGCGAUAAAGAGGGUUAUGGAAGAUAAGGAGAAUGAGGAGAGUUUGAGGGAUUUUUCAUUGUUUGUUACGUCAAGAGGUGAUACUAUGUUUACUCAGUCAUGGACACCUGUUAAUGUUAAAGUCAGGGGAUUAGUGGUUCUCUUGCAUGGCCUGAAUGAACAUAGUGGUAGAUAUAGUCAUUUUGCCAAGCAACUAAACAUGAAUGGCUUCAAGGUUUAUGGAAUGGACUGGAUUGGGCAUGGUGGAAGUGAUGGACUGCACGCAUACGUUCAUUCUCUCGAUGAUGUUGUUGCUGAUAUGAAAAUGUUUCUCCACAAGGUUAUAGAUGAAAACCCAGCAAUUCCAUGUUUUUGCUUUGGACACUCGACUGGCGGCGCUAUAGUCUUGAAGGCAGUACUUGAUCAAAAGGUGAGAGAACUUGUAGCAGGCAUUGUAGUGACUUCGCCCGCUGUAGGAGUUCAACCUUCGCAUCCGAUCUUCACCGUGCUUGCCCCAGUUUUUUCCUUCUUAUUGCCAAGAUUUCAAUUCAGUCCCGCAGACAAGCGAGGUAUUCUAGUUUCUAGGGAUCCAGAGGCUCUAGUUGCCAAGUAUUCAGACCCUUUAGUAUACACAGGAUUUAUCAGAAUAAGAACGGGAUAUGAAAUUCUUCGACUCAGUGCCUACUUGCAGAAGAAUUUGAGUAGGUUAACAGUAUCAUUUUUCGUGCUUCAUGGCACUGCUGAUUCAGUAACUGACCCUGAAGCCUCUCGAAAGCUCUACGAAGAGGCGUCUUCGACCGAUAAAACGAUCAAGCUCUAUGAAGGGUUCUUGCACGACCUAUUAUUUGAACCUGAAAAAGAAGAAAUCAUUAAGACCAUUAUCACAUGGUUGAAUAGUAGAUUAUGAGGUCAUGCAAUGAAAAAAGGACUGCAUAAAGUACAAUACUGAGGUACUUAUGACGGAAUGGACGAAUAUGGUGGAUCACAAUAAAGUGGUACAAGGAACAGCUACGAAAUGAUUUAAUGUUAGAUUAAUAGAUCAAAUGUUGUAUACUCCAUGGACGAGCACUUGAUCGACUUUGGAGUAAAGAGGGCAUGCAAUAUCUGUUUUGAUAAAUAAGAUUUUUCACAGUGAAUGGGAACAAACUUUACUGUCUGUUGAA